AAAGAUAUCUUAAAGGACGUGACCGGAAAUAUUGCAUUGAAAACUGUUUACACGACCGCUUAAAAGAUGAGGUUAAUGUGAUGUGUGGUAGGGAUUUUCCAAGAAUGAAAAUCCCUAUCUCGAAUGUGAACCAAUCGUAACAAGCCAACUGAUUACACAAGAAUUCAAUAGACGGACUAAUAAAUGUUGGGAGUAGGGAGGAGAGUGCGAUAGUUGAGUUACAGAAUUCUACAUUGUUCCAUCCCAAGUGUCCACACAACGUCUGCAGAUACGAUGAUGUAUAUUCAGGCAUCUACCAUGAAGUGUACACAACUUGUGUUCUUGGUGCUGUGUUGCAUCUCUUCUAUCCAGACACAUUUCCAUUCACAUUACCAUCAACAUUCAACAGCUUUCCAUGAACUUCCAACGACUGUCAAGGAAAAUAAUCAAAUACUGAAGGAACACGUACAAGGAGCGGUACAACUGGGCCGGGAUCAGAUGUCCUCUCUUUCCAGACUGGAGGAUAAUCUGAACAAACUGGGGUCAACAAUGAUGCAUAUAGAUGCUAAACUUAAUAACCUGGACAACCGCCUCAAGGACCUACAGACACAAGUUAAUCAGCAGAGCAGCGAAAUUGAAAGCAUUGCCCACACAGUGGAUAAGAUGCAAGGUGAGAUCAAGGAGAUGACCGAAAAUGUGACACGUAGCUUGGUUGCCCUGACAACGACGGGAGAUGCCACCGGUCUGAUCAGCCCUGCCCACGAGCAUCUCCAGGGUAUAAAGAACGAGCUGGGUGCAGUCAUGGACAAUGGCUUCCUCGAGGUGCAGAACAAGCUGGACGGCAUCGAAAAGACUAUCACGACAGGUCAAUAUGUACUCUUCACAACCAUGACCGAUGCGAGCGUCUUGGCUGAGGGUUGUGUUAGGAACAGUUAUGAACAGCUCUUGGAGGAAGUGAAAAGUCUGGCUAACGUGGCACAGGUGAUAAAUCAGACAGCAGAAAAUGUUUCAGACAUGAAGAUACACGUUGGUGAUGGCGUCAACGAGAUAAUCCUGAAUAUUGAAAAUUCAGCUCGGCUCCAGAUAAAGGAUUUCAACACGAUGAUGAAGAAAAUGUUUGAUGAUGUAGUAUUCACCAUCUCAGAGAGUCAAAACGGAGGAUUGAUCAAUCUGAGCACAAGUAUUAAACACGAGUUGAGUCAGUUCAUGAAACAGAUUGGCAAUACGUCCCUGCAUCAGGGAACGUCCAGAGAUCUUCAGGAGCAGACGGAUAUCAUUGAGAGCAGGUCGGAACAGAUUAUCGGGCUUAUUGGAAAGUUAGGGGAAAACUUCAAUAAACAACAAGAGUGGCUGUUAGAGAAGAUCCCAACCAUCUGCAAAAACAAUUCAGACCCUAACGAAAACGACAGAACGGAUACGAAUAUGGAUAUAGACUCAUCGUUUAUAAGAAUGCCGUCAGAGUAAAUGCCGAAUUCCAGGGAAACUGUAGAUCCCGCGUGAGAGUGGGUGUGAAUGAGAGUGGACUGGAACGACUAUUUGAUUUAUUCCUUAAUACACUUAAUGUAUUUGUUUAUGAAACAUGCAACUUUAAACAUUAACACAUUAACAUGCAAUAUCCAGACACUUAGCCUACGUUUCUAAUAUUAUAAUUAGAAUGAAUUGCUCUAGUAUUCUAGUACUGAACUGACUGGUUUCCGUAACGAAACAUAUUUCUGAAUGUUCUGUAGUGGUGAAGUUUAGCGUGUAUAUAUAUAUAUAAUUGAAAACUUAUUUAAACUUAUAUUAUAUAUUAUUUAAAAGAUUAUAAAUGUAUAUACUAUUAAAUUUCCAUAGCUAUAGUUCUUUCAUUCAUGCAUAAUGAAAGUAAGAUUCAUGGACUUAGAAAACAACAGAACAUUUGUUAAUUUUCUGUUGGAUUAUACACAUCUGUAUAUUUAAAUUUUUUUAAUUUCAA